AUGCAAAAAUCUGAUCUUAAAUAUAUACGUGAAGCUUUGACAAUCUUAAUCGAUAAGCUUUUACCAUAUAUUGAACAAAAGCAUAUACAUUAAUUUUGCAAGGUAUUGAAAAAUAAAGUAGCUGAUGAAAAGGUUACUCCGUUUUCAAUAUAUAUGGAAACUUAAAAAAGUUUUGAAGGAAGUCAAGUGAAGCUUGUAAAAUAAAAUACUACAACAGAUGAAAAAUUUACACAAUCAGUUCUCAAUAAACUAAAGUAGGCUUAAGUGGAAUUCAAAAAUAAUACUCAAUAAUUUGCAUCAAUUUACAAUUCAGUAAAAGAAAAUGUAGAGUCAGUUUAUGUUUCAAGCAAAGAAUUAUAAAUAAUGAUGAAUGAAAAAUAAAUUUAAAGCUAGGCAGAAUCAAGACAAGAUAAAAUAAGAAGAGUCUCAAUUUAUAGCAAAUAGAACAAAUAAAAUAUAGAUAAGAAUAUUAUUUUAGAGGAAAAGUAAAAUGAUUAUAGAAUAGAAAUUAAAUCAGAUUCAAAAUAGGAAAUCAAACUUGAUAGCAAGAUUGGUUAAAAAAAUGACAUCAAAUUAGAACUUAAAUUAGAUUCUAGAAACGAUAUGAGAUCAGACUCUAAAUACUCGUUUGAUGGGUCAAAGAAAGAGAUAAGUUUCAUUCAAGAAUAAAUACCAAACCCAAGAAUAAACCAACAAAAUUAAUCACAACAGUAAAUUAAAUAUGAGAAAUUCUCAACUUAAUAAUCUCCAUUAAGCUAUUAAUAAAUAAAAUCAUAAAAUAUUUCUCCUUAACCAUCAUAUAAUUAUAUUCAAACCUCUCCUCAUUCAUAUACUCAAGUUUCUUAAUAAAAAAAUCCUUAAUCAACAAAUUUCACUUAAGUUCAACAAUCAUCUUAAUCAUCAGGUUAAAUUUUAUUUACACAAAGUGAUUAAAAAUAAACUUCUUAAAUAGGAUCCUAUGUGCCUAACUAUGAUUUGUUAGCAAGAGUUGAUUAAUUACUUUAAAAAACCAAGAACAGCCCUUAAAUAUAGAACAAUACUCCUUGUCUAACUAAUAGAACAUGA